AUGUCUGCCUGCGUCCCGGAGUCAUCGAAGAAUGACUACACUGACAAUAGUGGCACUAAAAAUAUUUGUCCUCUCGAGUGCACGCAGCAAGCUUCGAGAUCUGAGUUAUGGUAUAUAAAAGCAUUGCUAGUUGUUCUCUAUGUCUGUCUCCUUGGGGAUCGACAGUUCACCAUCAAACGCUGCCUUUCAAGCUGCAACAACGCCAUACACCGACGCAAAACAGAGCACAAUAAUCUUCCAAUGGAUUCAAUCACAGAGCAAGAUUUGGAGUUUGACAGAAGACACAUCUGGCACCCGUACGCAUCCAUUACUGAACCGCUCAAGGUUUACCCUGUCCGUAGUGCUGAGGGCGUCUACUUACAUCUACAGGAUGGGCGGAAAAUAGUGGAUGGCAUGGCAAGCUGGUGGUGUGUUCAACACGGAUAUAACAACCCGAGGCUCAACGCUGCCGCAGUGAACCAGCUCAAAACCAUGUCCCACGUCAUGUUCGGCGGGAUUGUGCAUAAACCCGGAAUUGAACUCUGUAAAAAGCUUGUCCAGAUGCUUCCGGACCCCUUGGAAUGCGUGGUGUUGGCUGACUCUGGAUCUAUUUCCAUCGAUGUCGGUAUGAAAAUGGCACUGCAAUACUUCAAUGCUAAAGGCAAAGCGUCCAAGAGUAAAUUCCUUGCCAUCGAACGCGGUUUUCACGGAGACGCGUUCGGAGCCUUGUCUGUCUGCGAUCCCAACAAUUCCAUGCACCACAUGUACGGUGGGUUUGUUCCUCAAAACCUAUUUUGCAAGGCGCCAGAGGUGUACUUCCACGACAGCUCUCAGGAUGUCGAGAAGAAAGUCGAGGAACUUGAUGUCGCGCCAUUUGCAAAAAUGAUUAGGGAGAACCGCGAAUCGCUUGCGGGCGUGUUGAUGGAGUCCAUCGUCCAAGGCGCUGGUGGCCUCCGAAUUUACCACCCGUACUUCCUAAAAAGGGUCAGAGAGCUCUGUACUGAAAAUGACGUGCUCCUGAUCCUGGACGAGGUCGCUACAGGGUUUGGUAGAACAGGUAAGCUGUUCGCAUUUGAACACUCUGAGAUCGUGCCCGAUAUUGUGUGCCUUGGCAAAGCUUUGACGGGCGGCUACUUGACGCUCUCAGCAACAGUUAGCACUAGGGAGGUUAGUGAGGGGAUUUGUGAUGGCCCAGCUGGAAGACUGAUGCACGGCCAGACAUACAUGGGCAAUCCUCUUGCCUGCGCAGUCGCAAAUGAGAACUUGGCGAUUUUACUAGAGGGCAAAUGGAAAGAACAAGUGCGUGGAAUCGAAGCUCAGCUUUUCCGUGAGCUCGCUCCUCUGGAGAAACAUCGCAAUGUCGCUGAAGUGCGCAUCUUGGGUGCGAUUGGUAUUGUAGAGGUGAACCUGUACCCAGUCAAGGUUGAAGAGCUUCAGAGGCGCUUUGUCGACAUGGGAGCCUGGAUCAGACCAUUCAACAAAUGGAUCUACAUCUACCCCAUAUACACCAUAACGCCGGAGGAGUUGAGAGUGCUCGUUAAAGCAAUUGCAAGCGUCUUGGACGAACUCACCUAG